AUGUCACGUAGCUAUAGAAGAACGAUAGAUCCAUAUCCAAGUGAAAAUGACGUUUAUAAACAGUUGGUAUGUUAACGUAGUAAUUUUUUGCAAAACCGAAUUUUUUUGAAUAUCACGAAAGUACCCAACCUGACCCGCUCAAAAUCAGUUCACAAUCUAGCUUUACCCUUGUCUUCCCCUAGCUUUUACUAAAGGUGUUAUAUUAUAUUUAGAUCAUUAUUUGUCCAGUUCGUAUUUUACAAAAUUUUUAAAAAACUGCACUGUGCAGUGAAAAAAGUAAAUUUUUAAUCAUUUAAAAAAUUUAAAAAUAAAAAUUAAAUAAUUGACUUUACAAAUGAAUAGUUCAUUUCAUUUUCAGACCCCAGACGACUUCAACUUCCUAGAAGAUCGUCAGUUGGCUGACUAUGCUCAAGUCAGUAAGAAGCAUUCGGUAGCCUAUGCUCCUCAACGUUAUCGACCGAAUUGUUGGUUGAUUUUGAAUGUGAUUCAGAUCUUUGUCGCCAUAUUUCUGCUCAUUUUUGCUUUCUUUCGAUUUUUUAGAAUUUUUUUCGGUGAGUUUUUAAAUUUUUAAAAUAAAAAAAAUUAAAAAUUUUUUUUAGGUGUGUUAGGUAACAAAGACUUUAAAAAAUAUUUUUUGUUAUCAAUUCUGUAUGAUUUUACAAUUAUUUUUUAAAUACUGUAUAUACCACAGUAAAUACGUCAUCUACUAUGUAUUUUAAAAGCAUAACAUUAUGUUAUAGUAGGUUGUUUUAGCAAUCGAACCAAAAUGUUUUGUACGACUUUAUAAAAGCUGAAGACUCAGCUCAAACUAAUCAAGGUGGAACGGAAAUCAUAGCUUUAAAACUGGGCAGUAGUCUUUUCAUACCUGCAAGUUUACAAUUGAUUAGUGGGUUCAGUGGACUAUGGCCAAUGGGAGAACGUGGCAAUUAUUCAUGCUUGGUAAGCAACCUACCCCACCCUAACCUAUGCUACUUUACCCUAAACUACCUUACCUUACCCUACCCUACCCUACCCUACCCUACCCUACCCUACCCUACCCUACCUACCCUCCUACCCUACCUACCCUACCCUACCCUACCCUACCCUACCCUACCCACCCUACCCUACCCUACCCACCCUAUCCUACCCUACCCUACCCUACCCUACCCUACCCUACUCUUUCCUAUCCUAACUUACCCCGCCCCAUUCUAUUUAUUCCUCAUCCCUGUCCUGCUCUGUCCUACCAUGCGCAGCCGUGCCCUGCCUUGACUCAUCAUAAUAUGCCUUACUUUUCCCUACCCUGCCCUACUCUAUUUAUUUUAAAUUUUUCCUACCGUAACCUUAAUCAUACGAUAUUCUCCAUGCCGGACCCUUUUAGUACCGUAACCGGACCAUACCCCAGCCUCCAAACUAUUACCUACCCAUUCUCCUCUACACUACUCUCCCCUCCCCCCUUAAACAUUCAUAUUUCCUACCCUAACCCUUCCAUAUCCAAAUUUCCCCUACCCCGCUCCAUGCCAUAAAACAAUAACUUUUCAGAUAAUCCAUGUGAUAUUCUCCAUGCUAGCUAUAAUCUACUGGUUCGAGCCAAUAAACUAUGCAGCAUUAGAGCUGAACCUUCGAACAGAACAGCUGGAUUCAGAGCUUUCUUCCCUAUCCUACGGUGUGCUACUGACUCUACUAGUACUCGGCUCUUUGAUAGUACUAUUAGUUACAUCUUUGACUAUGUGUAAUGCUAUUUUGGUACUAUCAGAGCCAUGUAAUGUUAGUCACAGUCAUGUGGAUGUUCAUCUUGGUAUGGCUACAGUCAUCAUCAGUGUAGUCUGUAGCGCAUUGAGUGUUUAUGUCAGUAGUAGUACGCUUAGGAGUGUCACUAAUUGGUAAGGUUAAGUUUUUAUUUUUUAAAUUUAAAAAAAAAUUUUAAAAUUUAAAAAAAUUUACUUCAGGGUAAAUCCAACCCUAAAAAAUACAGUACUCUAUGGUUUUGGCCUCCGAGAGCUGAUAAUAACCAUCUAUAUCACACUGGCCACAGGUCUAUGUUCAGUGUCUACCAUGACACAACAAAGGAAUCUUCGGCUAGCCGCUUUAAUCCUUCAGCUUAUCAGUUUACUGUUGAUAUUCGGCCACUUACUUACAGCCGAUCGUAUUACGGCCGUUACUCACAACAUCAAAGUCAUGUUUUCGGUAGGAUUGAAUCGACCGGUCGGACCCGAAUCGUAGGUUUUUUAAAAAUUAAAAUUUUUUAAGAAAUGCCAUUUUUAAAUGUCACAGAUAGUGAAAUUUAAAAAUUUUUUGCUACUAAAUUUAUUAAAUUGCACCGUGCAGACCGUUCGACAGGUUUUUACUUAAAAUAUUAGGCUGUUUAAAAAGUUCUGAGCCACCAACCCUGCAAAAUUGCUUUAAGAAGUGGCUCAGGAUUUUUUAAACAACCUAAUAUUUGUUUUUAAGUAAAGUACUAAUGGCAAAAUUAAAAAAAAAAAUUCCGCUUCAGAAUCCUCCUCCUCUACACAUUUAUAGUAAUUUUGGCAAUACUACUGGUCGCGCAUACCAUAUCAACCAUUAUCAAUUUGUGCAAAAAAUGCUCCUUAUCAGAACCUUUGAACCGAAAUUUGUACUCGCAACACGUGGAAGACGUGCCCGAGGCUUCAAAUUAUCGUGCCAAUCUGUAG